GGGGGUGUCAGUCAGCCUCAGUUCAGUCCGCAUCGGGGGAAGAGCACGCACGCGACCGCAGGGAUGAACUGCCCAUCCCACACAUGCGACCACGGACCGUGCCCUAGAUCAUGGCACAGUCCGGCGAUCUGCACCAUGUUUACGUCCCUGUCGGUGAUUCGCAGCUCGGGCUGGGAUUUGCGCAGAUGCUCGACCAUGCAUCUGGCCAGAUGCCCCACACCUGCCAGGAGUCUUGAUACACGAUACGAAGUGCGUUUGGGACGGGAUGGAAGACGCACCGAGACAGUGCUCGAACCGGUUAUGCGAGGCCCCCGGCCAUACGAGAAUGAUGAAUAUUCAAGUCGCGAGCAAUGUCCAAAUGAGCGGCUACGCACGUAUCGAUGAUGGAAGACAUCAGGAGGGAGAGCGGGACUGUUCAUGACAAGUUGGGCUCGGGUCCGAUUAUAUGCGAAGGAGACGGACGCACUGUAGUCAUGGAUUGGGUCUUUUAUCUGUCGCAUCUGAGUGUGGUGCGCGGGCUCGACCAUGGCGGAGGUACGAGAUGGUCGCGAGUCGCCGAGGACGGGAACGUGUGUCACACUGCAGAAGCGUCACAU